GCCGUUCCUGAGCCUUCAACUGCUGAAGAUCGUCGCAACGCCCAAAGCAUAUGUGUCCUUCACUGACGCUGUUGGAGCUCUCUCCAACGUGUGCGACUUCGAGCUGCAUCUAGACCCAGAACCCGCCAACAGCGUCUCUCCACGCAGGCUUUUCGCAUCUAUGGCGUCCUCGCUCAACCCGGAGACGAUCACUAUAAUACUUGUCUGCGCACAUGAUGAGAACGGCACGCUGGACCCAAGCGACCUGUCGAUUGACGAGCCGAUUCCCUUCAGCUCCGAAGACUUCCGGCCGCUGCUCAAGCUGAAGAACCUGCAAGACGUGAACAUCGCGCUGCCCUGGGUCUUCGACUUCGACGACGCAUUCCUCACGGAAGUCGCCCAAUCGUGGCCCAUGCUAUAUACCUUCUACCUCGGGACCGAGCCAUACUGCAAGUGGGCGCCGCUGCCCCGGGGUCUCACUCUGGGGGCCCUUCCUCCCUUCGCGGUGCAUUGCGAAUACAUGGAGGAGCUCGGAUUCCGGUUCAACGCUACAGGCUUCGAGCACGGGAUCCCGCCGGACUCGCCCCUCUAUGGCAAGUUGCGGGACGUAUCCUCGUGCAGCAGGUCGGCCUUGUCCUCUCUGCAUGUCGCCACGUCCCCCAUUUCCCACACUGCCGAAGUGGCCAGCUUCCUCAGCUGCGUGUUCCCGGAGCUGGAGAAGGUGGUGACCGGCGCAUUUGCGAGCGCGCCGGCCCAUGCCGAUGCGUUGUCGUUCAAGGAACGCUGGGAGGAGCUCUCGCGGUACCUGCCGGCGAUGAGAGUAAUUCGCAAUAACGAGCGCAAGAGGGCGGAGCUCGACGAGCACGACGGAUGGAUGGACGAAGAGCGGGACGCUGCAGAGGAUGAACUUGUACCAGUGGAGAUGCUUAUAGAUUGACGUCGGCACACGUUUCACAGCACGUAACGGCGCUGUUGCAGAAGCGUAUGGGUUCCGGGUGCGCAACUUUAGGCCAUGG